AUGAGCCAGUUGACAGGAAAAGGCAAGUCAUUUCUCAGUGUUACCGGAAAAAUUGUUCCGAAUGUGCAGACCCCUAAAAGGGUCCUGGAGAUUGGUCUGCAGGAUGUCAGAACCUAUAGUAGCUUCAGAGGAUUCACCUCGGGCUGUGGCCACAAAAGGGCGCAGGAGCUCCCAUUCUCGGAUUCGGAGGCAGAAAUCAUGAGUUCUCCGGCUUCUUCCUCCUCACCCCCCACCUUACCUCCCAGAUGCCCAGUGGUCCCUUCAAGAAGGCUCAUGGUGUUAGCUGUCAUCCAUGGCUCCCAGGGUAGGUGCGGAGGCCUCAGAUCUGAGCUCUGUUGGGGGAUUGAAUGUCAUGUUGCCCACCCAACACUAGUUCUGACACUCUUGGUCAGCAUGCUGGUGACUUGGCUUGAGGCUGCUAAACUCACCGUGGGCUUCCAGGCCCCCUGGAACAUCUCUCACCCAUUCAGCGUGCAAAAGCUGGGUGCGGGCCUCCAGAUGGCCAUGGACAAGAUCAACUCAGAGACAGCAGAUUUUGGAAACUUCAGCUGGGAGUUCACUUAUACCAACUCAACCUGCAGCACUGCAGAGUCUCUUGUUUUCACCAACCAGGUCCAGAGAGAACGGAUUCCUGCCCUGUUCAGACCAGCAUGUCCAGAAGCAGCAGAGGUUAUUGGCUUGUUGGCCUCAGAGUGGAACAUCCCUGUGUUGGACUUUGUUGGACAAGCUGCAAAACUGGAGGGCAACUUAUAUGACACGUAUGUGAAACUUGUGUCGCCCAUGCACAAAAUUGGUGAUGUGCUCCAGAAAAGUCUCCGGUACUUGGGCUGGAAACACAUUGGGAUGUUUGGAGGUCACUCUGGGACUUCCUCCUGGGACAGAGUGGAUGAAUUAUGGAAGGUUGUAGAGAACGGACUCAAAUCCCAUUUCACCAUCGCUGCCAGUGUGAAAUAUAUCAACAGCGAUCCAGCCUUCCUUCGAGAGAAUCUUAGAAGCGUGCCAUUGAUUGUCAGAAUUAUCAUCUUAAUCGGCAGCUCAGAGGAUGCAAAAAUUAUGCUGCUGACUGCAGAGAACCUGGGACUCAACACAGGAGAAUUUGUCUUCAUUGUUUUGCAGCAGUUGGAGGACAGUUUUUGGAAGGAGGUAUUGACGAAUCAGAAGGCGAUGCACUCCACGGUCUAUGAGUCAGUGUUUCUCAUAGCCUUUGGCUCCUAUGGAGAAGGCCCUGGAGGUGAAGACUUCCAAAAACAAGUCUACCAAAGGCUGAGAGGACCACCCUUCCACAGCUCCAUAUUCACGGACGAGCAGGUGAGCCCUUACACUGCCCACCUUCGAGACGCGGUGCUGCUCUAUGCCCAGACGGUGAGGGAGCUGGUGGUGGCCGGGCGAGAUUUCCGAGACGGGCGGCAGCUGGUGGGCACCCUGAGAGACUCCUGUCGCGCUGCACUGCGGGGAAUCACUGGCCCCGUGUUUGUGGACUCCCAGGGAGAAAGGCACGUGGAUUACUCAAUCUAUGCUCUACAGAAAUCUUGAAACGGGUCCCGCUUUCUUCCUUUUCUUCAAUAUGACAGCGAUCAGAAAGUAAUCAGCUGCAUCCCAGGCCUCUACCCGCUACAGACUAGCCACGCUCUCCAGGUGCAGCCACCCAAAAAAUCUCCAACAUCACCUGCCUCCCCUGUAGAGAACCUCGGCUCCAGGGAAACCUGGCCCCCGGGAUGCUGGGGCCAGGACGUGCUCUCUUCUGUUCUUCAGCAGGCUGUAGUGAUGACAUGUCCCUGUCCUCCAGGCGUGACUGCUGUGAUCCUCGCUAUGGCCCUCUUGAUUACUGUCUUGGGAGCUGUCAUCAUAGGUCUUUGGUUAAGGAUUCAGAGGGGAAAAUUGCAAAGGCGAAAGGAAGACAUUUGGUGGCAAAUCAAUUAUGAUGACAUCACCAUUCUGCCCCCAAACAAGCCAUCCCAGAGAUGCAUGCCCGUGUCGAGAGGAAGCAACAGUAACUCAUCUAGUGUGAUGAUUUCUGGGGAUGCCAGUUCCCUUGUCAAGAGCCAGCAGGUAGAAGAGGUCUUUUAUGCCCCUGUAGGGCUUUACCAGGGAAACCAUGUGGCCAUCUGCUACGUGGGUGACCAAGCAAAAGCCUCAGUCAGGAAGCCGUCUGUGCUGCAGGAAAUCUGACUGGUAUAUGAAUUAGGGCACGAAAACAUUGUCCCCUUCUUUGGCAUUUGCACAGAACCACCCAAUGUCUGCAUUGUCACCCAGUAUUGCAAAAAAGGGAGUCUUACGGAUGUUUUGAGAAACUCAGAUAAUGAGAUGGAUUGGAUAUUCAAACUCUCGUGUGCAUAUGACAUUGUCAAGGGCAUGCUGUUCCUCCACAGGAGCCCCGUGGGGUCCCACGGCAACCUUAAGCCUUCCAACUGCCUGGUGGACAGUCAGAUGCAGGUGAAACUGACAGGCUUUGGGCUGUGGGAGUUCAAGUACGGCCGGAUGUACAGAGCAUACAACGAGGAACCGACAGACCACUAGGAGCUCUACUGGACGGCCCCAGAGCUGCGGCGGCUUCCAGAGGCACCCCGGUCAGGGACCCCAAAGGGAGAUGUUUACAGCUUUGCCAUCCUGAUGACGGAGCUGAUCCACCACCAGAACCACGGACCUUUUGCUGACCUCAACGAGAUGCCUGACGAAAUCAUCAGCCGUAUCAAAGACCCCACGGCCUCAGUUCCACUCUGACCUUCCCUGUCAGAGGAGAAGGGCAAUGAAAAGAUUGUGGCCAUGGCGAGAGCAUGUUGGGAUGAAUCUCUAGAGAAAAGGCCCACUUUCUCUUCCAUCAAGAAAAUUUUAUGAGAAUCCAGUUCUAAAGGCCAUGUGAACAUCCUAGACAGUAUGGUGAGCAAGCUGGAGGUGUCCUUCCACCUGAAGGACGUGGUGGAAGAGAGGAUCAACCAGCUGAUGGCGGAGAAGAGGAAGGUGGAUAGGCUUCUGUCCACAAUGCUGCCAAGCUUCACUGGAGAACAGCUCAUAGCUGGAAGGUCCGUGGCACCAGAAGAUUCUGAGUCUGUGAUAAUCUUUUUCUCCGACAUUGUUGGAUUCACAAAACUGUGCUUUCUCGGCUCCCCCUUGCAAGUGGUAAAGCUGCUUAAUGACCUGUACAGCUUAUUUGAUCACAUCAUUAAAACAUAUGAUGUGUAUAAGGUUGAAACCAUUGGAGAUGCAUACAUGGGUGCUAGCGGACUUCCUAUCCGCAAUGGAAUCCAGCGUGUGGACGAGAUUGCCACGAUGUCCUUACAUUUCCUCAGUGCCACUGUCCACUUCCAGAUUGGGCACAUGCCUGAGGAGAAGCUCAGGAUCAGGAACGGCAUCCACACAGGUCCUGUAGUGGCUGGUGUGGUGGGAAUCACCAUGCCCAGGUACUGUCUGUUCGGAGACACUGUGAACAUGGCAUCCAGAAUGGAAAGCAGCAGUUUGUAUGGGUACUCUCUCCGGAUUCAUGUCUCUCAGAGCACUGCAUCCAGCCUGCUGGCAUUGGGAAGGUACGAUUUGCAAAAGAGAGGCACCAUCCCAGUCAAGGGCAAAGGAGAACAAACAACUUUCUGGUUGAAAGGCAAGGAAGGCUUUACUAUUCCACUCCCUCAAUUUAUGGAAGAGGAAGCUAAAGUCCCAGAGAUCUUCUGA